CGCCUUUUCCAGCAGUGUUUGGCUGUUACUUUGUCAGUGAGCUGUCAUCGUGCACAAACUUCUCACUUAGAUUUGCGAAAAUUGGAUAUAUAAAGUGGUUUGAUUAGUCGGGAGACAUAAGAAAUGCGUGUUAACGUCGUAAUGUGUUUUAGAUGAUAUUUUAAACUUGUUCACUGUUGGAAGGACUUAAAUCUACACGUGGACAAUGCAGAGCUCAACAGAACAGUUAACUUGCAGUGCGGGGAAUUUAGAGGAAAUCCAAGAUAAUCCGGACGGGCUAUCAAGACGGACGGUUUCUGAGAAGAUCAUGAGUAUCUGCAAAAAUACCAUACGCUGGGUGCUUGUUCUGGAUGCAUUUCUCGCAGUAUCAGUUAUUGUGCUUCUAGCAGUAUUGGAAUUUGCAACGGUCCCACAACAGCAUGUUGGCUUUUACUGCAAUGAUCCGAAAAUAUCUUUCAAAUUCAUGGGAGACACGGUUUCUAUGACGUCACUGAUCGUGGGGAGCGUUCUAAUGCCAAUCCUAGUGAUGUGGAUAACUGAAUUUGUCUGUUACUCCGCAAGUAAUUACGAGAAAUCGUUAGGAUGUGCUGGUUCGAGGACAAAGCAGGUAUGGCUGUGGUAUGGUCACUAUUCGGUUGGAAUAAUUGCCUUGACAUUUAUAUGCGACGUCAUUAAGACUUUGAUCGGCGAACCAAGACCACAUUUUUUGGAUACAUGCAAACCACGCGAAGCUGAAAACUGCACUGACGAAUAUGUGGCAACAUAUACGUGUACAAAUAAAGAAUAUUCAACAUGGUUUAUCUCAGAUUCUAGUAAAUCAUUCCCAUCUGGACAUUCCGCUCUUUCUAUGUUUACAACAGUUUUUAUUGUGUGGUACUUACAAAAUCGUUUGCCAGAUUGGACGUUUUUCUUAAAGCCCUGGUUGCAAUGUAUGAUCUGUUUGUGGACUGUGGUAUGCUCAAUAACUAGGAUCGGUGAUAAUAGACAUCACUGGUGGGACGUGCUCGCUGGACUGAUGUUCGGCCUUGCCUUCAGUGUGUUAACUAUUACGGUAUCUUGUCGUAAGUUUCACUUAGAUCGAAAGGUUCCGGAAGAUUAUAAUGAUCCGGUGGAAAAUGAACAAAUUAAUCUGAAUAAUAAAAGACAACACAGUGUGAAAAAAUUGCUCGAAACAACAGUCGAUGUGUCGGAGAGCCGUGAAUUAAGGAACGUUAAACCUUCAACAUGGAAAGAAUGAACUAAUUAUUUAAUAUGGAAUUUUUUGUUAUAUCAUUCCUCGUGAGUUUUUGAAAUUAUUUGUGAAAUUUAAAUA